AUGACCGCCUCUCUUCCAAUAACAUACAAGGCGGCGUUCUUCGAGAACAAAGGAACCGAGUUGACUCUCCGAGAAGCCGAGCUCCAACAACCCGGACCUGGCGAAAUUCUGGUAAAGGUCCUCGCCUGCGGUGUCUGUCACUCCGAUCGUUUUGUACAACAAGGCUAUCUAGGAGAUGUGUUUCCUCGUGUACCUGGGCACGAAGCAGUUGGAGACGUCGUCGCUGUCGGUGAGGGCGUUACCAAAUUCAAGAGAGGAGAGCGCGUCGGAGCGGCCUGGCAUGGAGGUCACGAUGGAUCAUGUCGGUCCUGCCAACGAGGAUUAUUCCAAACAUGCGGCAAUGCGACAAUCAACGGCGUGACUAUGGACGGUGGCUAUGCUGAAUAUGUCUUGUUACGUGCCGAGGCAGCAGUGCGAGUGCCUUCAGAUGCCGACCCGGCUGAGAUCGCUCCUCUCUUGUGCGCUGGAGUGACAGUGUUCAACGCCAUGCGAAACAUGGGUGUAAUUCAAGGCGGACUCGUCGCCAUUCAAGGCCUGGGAGGACUCGGCCAUCUGGCGCUGCAGUAUGCCUCCAAGAUGGGAUACACUGUCGUCGUGCUGAGCUCUGGAGCUGAAAAGAAAGACUUUGCGACGCAGCUCGGCGCGCAUCACUAUAUCGACACGAGCGCGGAAGAUGCAGCAGAGGCUUUACAAAAGCUUGGAGGCGCGGACAUGAUAGUGUCUACAGCACCUAAUAAGAAGGCUGUUAGCCCGCUCGUUGCGGGUCUGGCGUCUCUCGGAAAGUUGGUGGUACUCGCACCUCUUGGCCCUGUGGAGUUUGAUACGGUCACGAUGGUCAUGAAGGGUGCCAGCGUCCAUGGGUGGAAUUCGGGACAUCAGCAAGACUCGGAGGAUGCGAUUGCUUUUGCACAUACGCACGGUGUGAAGUGUAUUAUCGAGAAAUUUCCGUUCUUGACCGAAUACCGGGAGGCAUUCGACAAGAUGGCAAGUGGCAAGGUCCGCUUUAGGUCUGUGUUGACUUUGUAG